ACCAGAAGAAGGAGAUGUGGCGGCUCACUGGCGCUGCGUCAACCACUGUGUUGUGCUGGGGCCUGUGCAGAACAUUCAAGAAGGCUACGUAUUUGAAGAGAAGGUUGUGCAAUUCACAUUAAUCACAGACUUCGAGGGUCCUUCACCUGGCGACCCGGAUAAGGACUUUCACACAGUAAGAGUCUUUGAUAGCUCCUUCUGUGAGCAGCUAAAAAAGGAACUGAAGGAGGGCGAACGGUUCCUUGUGACGGGUCGGUUGCGCAUGAUACCACAGUACGACGGUGCGAUGAAGAAAUAUUACCACUACCCAGUUAUUCAGGUCCACCCGGGAUGCGGGUCGGUGGUGCGGGUCUGA